AUGCCCGACCCUCAUUUCUCAGACCUCAUCCUCCCCCAAAAUGAACAACCCUCCAUGUCUCAGCUUAUGGCCUCUCUCAAACGCACAACACUCACAAUCCACAACCGUCUAACCAGCAUUCAAACCGACGCAGAAUUCGUAGACCGCGUAUCUUAUUCGUAUGCACCACGGCCACUUGUCGCCAAUGAGCGUUGCGGUAGCUGGUAUAUUCCUCCUGGGCGGAAAGGCGCGAGUGCGUAUUUCAAGAGUACCGAUGGUCACGAGAGAGCGUGGAAGUUUAGCACGAGAAGAUUGAAUUUGCAUUUGGUUGAAAUCAUUGAGAAGAACGAUGGUAUCAUAAUCGUCGAUUCUACUCGUCGUGGCAAGCGAAUGCCCGAUGCCCUAUCUUCCACAAUCCCCAUCUGGUGCACUGUUCUCAACCUCGCCAUUCUCCCCACACACCCUUCCUCAUCCAAACUGUACCUCCCAGCUCAUCUUCCCGCAACAACUCACUCACAAAUAUCCGCACUCAUCCCCGAAUUCGUCGCAUCAUUGAAAGCUCUCAAUCUCAACCUUCCAACAUGCCUCACCAAGCCACUGCGUCCAUUCUGGGUAACGCCUGACUCUAGUCUUCCCUCGCCAGAAGACACAGAGUCUAUAUUCGAGGAUUUCCGGCCUGUGAUAUGCUGUACGGCUAGUCGUCGUGUGGUAGGCAGUGAGAUGGACGAGGGCGGUUACAUCCAGGGUGCAGCUGACGAUACUGAAAUGUGGGCGCAUGGUCUCGAAGCGCCUUUGUUCUGGGACAACAUUGAUAAGCUUCUUGAAACACCAGAAGCAGAACUGCCGGAUCUCAUCUCUAAGCUAGUCGAUGAGCAGGCGACUAGCAAGAAAGAUGAAGGAUCUCAAAUACAGAUUGCGCCUCAUAUAUCUGUAUGCGCUUUGCCCCUCUACGCCAUGCCCAGCGAAUGUCGCAUAGCCAUAACCCAAGAUACAACACCAAAGGAUUCAUGGUUGAAGUCCAAAACAUACCUGCAAACUGGCCUUGGGAAAAGCAAGUUGGCAAGUCGAAAUCUUCGCACUGCACUGCCUGAUAUCUGUGAUUUUGCCGCCAAAUAUCUUGCCGGGGUUGAGAAACCCGAUGAACAACGAAUUGUUGUGGCAUGCGAGUCUGGAAAGGACUUAUCAGUUGGCGUGGCUCUUGCGAUAUCAUGUUAUCUAUUCGAUGACAAAGGGAAGUUGAGGGAUUCAACAAAAAAUGUCUCUUUUACAAAGACAUUGAUUAAGUCGAGGUUGGGCCUCAUCAUGACGGCUUACCCUGGCGCAAAUCCUAGUCGUGCUACAUUGCAGAGUGUCAAUAGCUUUUUAAUGGAUUGGCGGAAGUAG